CACCCACCCCCAGCCCCAGCCCAGUCCAGCCCAGCCUUGGACGGCAAGGAGUGCCGAAGUGCCGUUACCCGCAGCCAAGCACGCAGCCUUGCGACGCUCUAACCAAUGACACAGCCGCUGCUGCACAAUGAUCAUCUCACUUGCUCUUGAGUUUACUCACCGCCCAUUUCUGCCGGCACUCAGUUUCGGAAUGGGCAGAACGAAGGCGGUGAGCUUAAAUUUACCUAUUCCCAACACAAGCAUACGACAUCACAGCGACUCUCAGAUCAACAAAAUCGUCGCUUCAAACUUCGAUACCACUAUACUGAUACGGAUCAUCUUCUAAAAAUGGCAGAACCUUCGUCAGAAUUGAGGAGUGCUGACGAAAACAACACGGCUCUUAAAGAUCCGGUCGCAACUUUUCACAAGAUGCAAGAGCUUCUCAAGGCUAAGAACGACACAUCCAGAUUCGUUGGUCUUGCUCUUCUCAAAACAGUUCUAGAUAAUGGUCAACUCAUCAACGAUCCGCAAAAGCUUCGCGUCCUGUGGGAAGCGUUAUCUCUAAAGUUUUUAGAUCGGCUUCUUCGAGCCCAGCAAAAUGAGAAAGUCAGCAAGGCAGACGCGAAGGACAUGGUUGACUUGGCAGUAGCCGUCCUUCACACCUUCUCUAUCCUGUUACCAGAAGAAUCUCGGAGAGAGAAAAGACUGACCGCACGGACAGCUCCUCUUAUAAAAGCACUGACUCAGAGUCCCCCAGAGACCACGAAGCUUAUUCUGCAAACUAUUUUGACCAUCGUCAGCCAGCGCGAGGGUGCUUUGGAGUUUCUAGCAGUAGAAGAUCUGUCUCCGUUGAUUGAGAUCUCCAAUCAGCACCCUCUCGUGCUCGAAAUCUUUAGCUUCGCUUGGACAAAUGCAUCUACUGUCACUGCAGAAGUCGAGGCUGUCAGAAAGAGCAUCAAUCAAGUGAUUCCAGCAAUGAUCGUUAACUUCAAGGGGACCGAUGCGGUGACUUUCAUCGAUUUUGUUGGAAACAUGCUACCUAAGCUGGAGCCAAAAGCUAUCCCUCGAAACCCCAAGUGGUUAGCACCUCUGAUCCUGAUGUUGCGGAAACUUGUUGCAAGUAAGCCUACCGCAGCUGGAAGAGCAGCAUAUACCCAACUCGCAGCGGCUCUGUUGCAGACGUAUCCCGUUACUUGUCCCUCCAUGCUGUUCAAGCACGAUGCUGCUGGCAACUCGGAUAGCAAGCCUUUUUCCUACUUGCUGGUCAAUCUCCUGCUCAUUGAUGUCCGCUCUUCGUUCCCCUCUUUACUUGCGAAGUUGAACAGCGAAGAAUAUCCAGCGAUAUCUCAACGGUUAGCUGCCGCUUUUGAUGUCAUCUCAAGCUUCAUCGGGUUUCUUGUCCGAAGUCUUGACGAUGAAAGCUUCUCGGCAUUUAGCAUGACCCCUGACCUACUAUUGAAACUCCGGAAAGAUAUUGCUGAAACAAUGUCACUCAACAUCGAGUAUCUUCGCGACAGAUGGGAUGCUUCUAUUGCUGGCGCUUCUGGCCUGCAUCCAUCGGCUCGAACUGGAACCGCCGCGACAUCCGAGGGCACCAGACUUACUCUGACUUGGGAAUCUAUGAAAGACAAUGUCAACUCGGACCCGCUUAUUUUAGCCGGGAUCAGGGCCCUGGCGAUAUGGAUUCGCGAGGAUGAGAACGAGAAUCUUCGCAACGAAACCGCAGGUCUUAUGGAUAUGUAUAUGGAACUCUACAAAUCUAGCUCACAAGGCACGCUUGAUUUCCGCUAUCCAAUUCUGCUUGCUUUGGAAGCUGUCAUGGUUACCGAGGAAGGGAUCGAUGGAUUUCUGGGCCAAGAUGGGUGGCAAGUGCUAGUUGAAGACCUCAGAUCGAUUCUUAAGUCUACGACGGAGCACAGUACUCUUAACAAUCCUUCUCCUGAUGCCAGUCGAGGACUUCAAAUUGUCCGAGUCUUGCUUGCUAUCAUUGACCACGAGGCCACGUCUUUCCCACGCGAAGACUGGAUGGCUAUCGUCACAACAACAACAUCUAUGCAGGUUCUUGCAUCAACAACCUCAGCUGUUGUUCUCGAGUUCCACACUGCCAUGUUACAACUCUCAUCGGCACUUCUCUCCAAGUCAUCUGGUGGAAUGACGAAGCGCUAUGUUACGAGUAUACCAGCUCUCUGUGGACUUGUGGAGCAGCUGAAAGCCGUUGUCAAGAGCUUGGAUGACAAGGUCGAGUCAAGCGAACUAAUUGGACUACUGGAUGAUGUUGCCCUUGAUCUGGAGAAUCUGCGAUAA